AAACGUAUAUAUUUUUAUUCCACUACCUAACUACUUUAAAGAUAAAUAAUAGCGAGUUUUAGAAAAAAAAAGAGAUUGAGGAAUGAAACUUAGCAUUGACAUUAAUGGCUGGAGCACAAGCGCCAUAUGUAAUUUGCUAUUUAUGUGGAAGGAAAUAUGGAACUAAAUCCAUUUCAAUACACGAACCAAAUUGUUUGAAAAAUUGGUUUGUAGAAAAUAAAAAACUUCCAAAGCAUCUUAGACGAACCCAGCCACCAGCAAAACCUGAUUAUAACCAGUUAUCAGCCGGAGAAAAUGGUAAUCAAAGUAUAUUAGAUCAAAUUAAUGAAAUUUCAUACAAGUGUGCUCAGGCCCAGUUGAUACCCUGUGAUAACUGUGGAAGAACAUUUUUGCCUGAAAGACUUAAUGUGCAUCAAAAAUCAUGCACAUCUGAUAAUCCUGCAGCACCUCCUAAACUGGGAACAAAAAUUAAUGGAGUGCGAAUAUCAAAAAAUGCAGGCACUGCCAAUAUAAUUAAAUCUUUUGAAGAAGAUGAAAAUAUUAAGACUCAAGUUAGACCACCAACAGGUUAUUUGAAUAGAUUGAAUAUGAGGCAAAAAGAGAAAACAAUACUUCUAAGCAAUGAAAAAAGAAAUAGUGAUAAUGUUACUUGCAGUUUUUGUGAUUCAGAAGUUCCUGUAUCAAAAAUUGAAGCUCAUCUUGUACGUUGCAAUCAAGAAGAAAAGGUUCUUUGUGGUUUAUGUCAACGAGAAGUCCCAUCUUCACAAAUAAAAAAACAUUUAUUUAAAUGCAACCAAACUGCAAUAAAUAAGUUGACAAUAAAAAAAGAUUCAUUACUGCAAACAAAACAUUUAUCUAAUUCUUAUGACUUGAAUGAUAGUAUAAGUCAGCAAAAAUUAUUAAAAAAAGAAAAAAGUCCUAACAAUACACAAAUUUCCUUACCAAAUAAUUUUAAUAAUUUUAAUGUUACAAAAAGUUCAUUGGUUGAUCAAACUGUUCAUGAAAAAUUAGACUCUAACAAAAUCCUGUUGAAUUUGUCUAAUACAAAUAAAGAGCAGUUUCAAGUUAAUACAAAUUACAAUACAUAUGAUAAAAGUGAUAGUGAUGAUAACAACAAUAACAAUGAUAUGGUUGAAUGCUAUAUAUGUAAACGUUUUUUUACAAUGGAUCGGAUAGAUCGGCAUAAAAGUGUCUGUUUCAAAAUGAAACAAAAAAAAAGAAAAGUAUUUGAUUCAUCAAAACAAAGAUCACAAGGUUCUGAUGCUAAACCAAUACAUCAAAGAAUUGAUCCAGAUGCUAAAAGUUUAGAAUCAAAAUCUGAUUGGAGACAAAAGCAUAAUGAUUUUAUAAAUACUAUAAGAGCUGCAAGAAAACUUAAAGUCUAUAUGGAUAAUGGUGGCAAGGCAUCUGAUCUCCCACCGCCACCACCUUCACUGAAUUUAGAUUAUAUAGAAUGUCAACAUUGCAGUAGAAGAUUUAAUCCUACAGUGGCUGAACGACACAUACCAAAGUGUGCUUCAAUAUUUAAUAGGCCACGACCCCCAAAACAGCGGGCUCUUGAUUUAAUUAAAAAAAAAAAUGAUAAUGCUGAUUAUAUGGAACCUAUGGAGUUUAUGAAAUCCAUAGAAAGAACCAAGUAUUAUGGAAAAAAUUCAUUAAAGAGCAAUGAAAAAAAAACAAUAGCUCCUGUCACAAUUUCACAUAGCACUAAAAAAUCACCAAGAUAUAGCAAUUAUCUUUCUUCACAAGAGGCAGUUAAAUCAUUAGGAAAUGCAGUGCAGCGACCAAGCACAUCAUUAACUCAUAAAAAUAGUUAUAACGAUUCAUACAAGCCAAAGUUUUUUACCGGAAUAGACAGUAUUCGUAGCAACAAAGUAAAUAGUAGCUAUAGUUAUAAUGCUAUGAAUAGAACAAACACCAUGAAUUUUUUUGGCUAAUGUUUUUAAGUAACACAAUAUAUAUUAUCAUCAAAACCCCUUUUUCCUACAAGUUGGGGUAAGUAAAGAAAAAAAUUAUGAUCUUUCCAAGAUUUGUGGAGCUUCAAUUAUAUGAUAUAAAUAUUUUCUUAUUUGAU